AUGUCGACCGAGCCACGGGUAGACAGCGACGGUGAACAGUUGGACGGAAAGCGGCCUCUGACAGGACACGAGGUCAUACAACUCCACACAUUGACCGGAGAGGAGCUGGUCAUUGAGAAGAGGCUGAAACGGCGCCUGGACCUCCUGAUCAUGCCCUUGGUCAUCCUGAUCUUCUUGAUGAACUAUAUCGACAGGAACAACUACGCAUCGGCACGCUUGCAAGGGUUGGAACAUGACCUCAAUCUGAAAGGCAGUCAAUACCAGACGGCGCUCUCGAUCUUCUACGUCAGCUAUAUCCUGGCCCAGAUUCCGGCCAAUCUGAUCCUGAACUACGUCGGCCGCCCGUCACUUCACCUCGGCUUCUUCGUCACUGCCUGGGGUCUGGUCUCUGCACUCACGUCACAAGUGAGCAGCUAUGGAAGCAUGGUGGCGUGCCGUUUCAUCCUCGGCAUGGUCGAGGCCCCGUUUGUCCCGGGCGUGCUGUUCUACCUCUCCAAAUGGUAUACGCGCCGAGAGCUAAACCUCCGCAUGGCCAUUUUCUACUCGGGAUCCCUCAUCUCCGGCGCGUUUGGCAACCUCAUCGCAGCCGGGAUCCUGAGCGGGCUGGCCGGGGCCCGCGGCCUGUCCUCGUGGCAGUGGUUGUAUCUCCUGGAAGGGGUCAUCACCAUGGCCGUCGGCAUCAUCGUCUGUUUCGUGCUGCCCGACUUCCCCCAGAGCUGGCGGCUGCUCUCCGACGACGAAAAGGCAGUGGCACAUCGACGUCUUGCCCUGGACGCGGCCGAGGCCGACUCGGACGAAGCCGGCAGCAUGUCCCAACUCAAAGGUCUCCAGCUCGCCCUCAGUGACUUCAAGACAUACAUCCUAGCCGGCGCCCACGUCUGCAUGAUCGGCGCCAUUUCCUUCCAAAACUUCUUCCCCACCCUGAUAGGCACGCUCGGAUACAGCCACGUCGUCACCCUGUUACUGGCGGCACCGCCUUACGUCUUCAUCACCGUGUAUAGUUACGGACACGGCUAUCUUGCAGACCGCCUGAACAUGCGCUUCUGGUUCUACAUCUAUCCGAUCCCCAUCACCAUUGUCGGCUUCAUCUUAUUCAUGACGGUCGAUUCAUUCGGACCCAAGUACUUUUCCUUCUUCCUCGUUGUCUUCGCCUUCGCCAUGUACGGCACCCUUUACAGCUGGAUCGCGUCUUCCAUCCCUCGGCCUCCGGCCAAACGAGCGGCCGCGAUCGCUCUGAUCAACGCUGCCGGCAACUCUUCCUCGAUCUGGACCUCAUAUCUGUACGACGCGAACGAAGCUCCGUACUAUCGAACCGCAUUCGGCACCUGUAUCGGCCUACAAAUUGGCGCCGCGGCCUGUGGGUUCGCAUUGCGCUGGGCACUGACUCGCGAGAACAGAAGGCUGGAAAGACUGGACAAUGUGGAUGUGGAGUUGAGCGAGCGCGACCUCGUCAGGCUGCGCUUGACCGCCGAGCAAGAAGGUAUCGAUCUGGACACUGCACGGGCAUUACAGAAGAACUAUAGGUAUCUGGUUUAG